GCAUGGCAAGAUACAUUUAUUCCAUAGAGGAAACGAAAUAGAAAUAUGGCAAAAGAUGGGAGGAAGAUGAAGAAAAAUGUACAGAAUACAAAACAAACUGAAAAUAGCAGGUGGAUGAUAUGAAGUUACACGCUGGUGAACAGUAGGUGGCGGUAUGGACCUCUGAAAUGGUCUGCAAUCUUCCAACAAGAAGAGGAAGAAGGAAAAGAAGAAGCAGAGAACAGUUCUGUACAGCUACACAUUUAUAAAGAUUCGCCUCCUCUUCGUGCGACCACAAAAUAAAGAAAAUGACUGACGCUGGUCGUUGGGAGCCGGAUUACCUGGUAGAUGGCAUCCAGUCGGACUUAUUGAUGCCUGCAGACAAGACAGAUUCCUCCAACACCGUCUUCAUCAGGACUGGUUCUGGAAAUCACAUCCAUCGGUCUGUCUGUGUGAACCUGGAGCCCACUGUCAUGGAUGUUAAGCAGAUACUGGUGGUUAAAGAAGAAGACACAGAAGACCAAAAACCUAAUGCAGACCUGCAUGACCCAAAACCCCAACACAUAAAGGAGGAAGACGAGGAAGUCUGCAUCAGUCUGAGGGGAGAGCUGCUCAAAGUGAAGGAAGAGAUGGAAAGUGGCAUAAAGAGUGAGGAUGAUAAAUCAGAGGGGACUGGUCUUUAUCAAGACCAAAUUAAAGACAGAGAACUUCCAGAAGUAAAGAAUGAAGGAGAAUCCAUCAAGACAGAAGAUUUUGAAGGUGGUUCCAGGUCCUUCAAGCAUGAAGACGCCAUGAACGAUGAAGAGGAAGACGAUGUAAAGUAUCCCGUCCCUGAGAUGAAACAUUUGUCAGACUCUGCCCCCCCUCCUGUCACAGUCCAUGUCCUUAGUUUUCAGUACAGACCUCCUGAGUCAAAUGGAGACCUUGUUGGCAAACUAGAUUCAGAAGUAGGUUUUACAGAGAACAAAAAUGUUGGCUCACGAAGGAAGGCCCAGACAGGAUGGAAGGUGAACUGUGAAGUCUGUGGCAAAACAUUUUUUGAAAAACGGAAUUUAAACACUCACAUGAGAAUCCACACAGGAGAGAAACCUUUCUGUUGUAAAGUAUGUGGACACAGAUCGUGUCAAAAAUCAAGUUUAAACAGACAUAUGAUAAUCCACACGGGACAGAAACCUUUCUGUUGUGACCUCUGUGGACAUAGAUUUACCCUUAAAUCAAGCUUAAACAGACACAUGGGAAUCCACAUGGGACAGAAACCUUUUUCAUGUGAUCUCUGUGGGCACAAAUGUAGCCAAAAAGUAAAUUUAAACUCGCACAUGAGGAUCCACACAGGACAGAAACCUUUCUGCUGUGAUCUUUGUGGACAUACAUUUCGGCGCAAGUCACAUUUAAACACACACAUGAACAUCCACACUAGACAAAAAAUAACUCCCUUAUGAUGACUCACACAGAGCAUCAGUUCGCUGUGAAAUAUUCAUGUUGUCAUUUUUAAGGUUUUUGUUGGCUGUUUUGGCCUUUAUGUGAAAGUAGUUUGACAGGAAAGAGGGUUAUGAAAGAUGGGCAAGACAUGCGGCAAAUGUCGCCAGGCCUGGA